AUGGAUAGUAGUGAUUCAGAAGAUCGAACCUCUAAAAAAGAUGAUUUAAAAAAAGAAAGAAAAAAAGUAAUUAAUAAAAAACCUAGCAAAAGAGUUAAACUUGAUUAUAAUAGAUUAUCAGGACCUAAUGGACUUGAUUUAUUGAAAAAAAUGUUUAAAAAUUUUAAAUUCAAAGGAAACAAUCAUGAAAAAGAAGAUUUGACUAAAGUAAUGCAAAUUUUGCAACAUUGGAUGUGUAAUUGUUUAUUUCCCAGCGGUGAUUUCGAAGGAAACAUGGAAAAAUUGGAAUUAAUAGGAAACAAAAGAAUCAUUCAGAUUUACAUGAAAAAAAUAAGAAUGGGAAUAGAUGAUUGGGGUGAAAGUAAAUCGAAUGAAAAUGACAUCAUUAAUAUGGAUAAUAAUUUUGAUAGUUUAAAAACUGAUUAUGAUAAAAUUAAUUUUGAUGAUUAUAAUAAUUCACCGACAUUCGAAGAAAAUGAUUGGUCCAUGCCUUCCUGCAGUAACACGUUACCUACCGAGGAUUCAAAUAAUUUUAUAAAUGUUCAAGGACAAGAAGAAAAUAAUACAUUUGCUCCCCAAAAAUCACAACAAGUACAAGAACAAGAAGAAAAUAAUACAUUUGCUCCCCAAAAAUCACAACAAGUACAAGAACAAGAAGAAAAUAAUACAUUUGCUCCCCAAAAAUCACAACAAGUUGAAAUACUAGAAGAAAAUAAUACAUUCAGUCCUCUCAAAUCGCAACCAUCAGUACAUCAGAACGAAAUAACUUUAACUCCUGAACAACUUGAAAGAAUUGCUAGAAAUAGACAAUUAGCUCAAGAAAGAAAACUUAAAAGACUUGCAGAUCAAAAUUUAUCUCAACAAAACGAUUAA